GUGCCGCGCGUGCGUGAAGAUGGUGUCGGUGCUCCCGGGACGGAGAAUCUCACGCGAUGAACCGGUGAAAAUGUGACUGAACCUCGGAACCCGAAUCGAUUCGACGCUCUCCGAUAAAUCCUGACACGGAUUAGCGAUGAACCUAACUUUGGGAAACCCUCACGGAAAUGGACUGCUCUAUGCCGGCUUUAAUCAAGACCAAGGAUGCUUCGCUUGCGGCAUGGAUAAUGGAUUCAGAGUGUAUAAUUGCGACCCGCUAAAGGAGAAGGAACGUCACGACUUUAAUGAUGGAGGACUGGGACAUGUGGAGAUGUUGUUUAGAUGUAACUACUUGGCUCUGGUUGGCGGUGGCGCCAAUCCGAUGUAUCCUGUGAAUAGAGUCAUGAUCUGGGACGAUCUCAAGAAGGCGCCAGCCAUUACUUUGGAGUUUAAUGCCCCUGUAAAGGGAGUGAAGCUACGGAGGGACAGAAUCGUGGUGAUCCUCGAGGGAGUGAUUAAAGUGUAUACUUUUACACAGAGCCCUCAACAGUUGCACGUAUUCGAAACGAAUCCGAAUCCUCGAGGUCUUUGCGUCUUGUGUCCCAACAGCAACAACUCUCUUCUGGCCUUCCCAGGAAGGAAGAAUGGACAUGUCCAAGUUAUAGACCUGGCGAAUACAGAGAAGCAGCCAUUGAACAUUGAGGCUCACGAAACACCCCUUUCGUGUAUAGCUCUGAAUUUGCAAGGCACUCGACUGGCUACGGCUUCGGAAAAGGGCACUUUGAUACGAGUCUUCGAUGCUCAGAAUGGUACCAUGAUCAACGAGCUGAGAAGGGGAGCUAACCAUGCGAAUAUUUACUGUAUAAACUUCAAUCACGACUCGGCGUGGCUGUGCGUUGCCAGCGAUCAUGGCACGGUGCAUGUCUUCUCAGUGGAGGACCAGAAAUUAAAUCGCCAGUCCAGUUUAGCCUCCGCCACCUUCCUGCCAAAGUACUUCAGCUCGAGUUGGAGCUUCUGCAAGUUCCAGGUACCAGGCGGUCCACAGUGCAUGUGUGCCUUCGGGACCGAUAACAAUAGUAUUAUAGUGAUAUGCGCCGAUGGGAGUUACUACAAGUUCCUCUUCAACAACAAAGGGGAGUGCACGAGGGACGUCUACGCGCAGUUCCUGGAGAUGACGGACGACAAGAUGUGACUCGGCCAGGACUUGUAAAUUGUAAACCGCCAACGUAACUCGUACGUUUCGCUUUCGUGUUGCGGAUCGAGUCGGCCCUGAUUGCGAUCGAGCCUUCGAGUUGUCUCCGGAGGAGCCAACGGGGAGGUUCCUGGAGGGAUUAUUAACGCCGCGUUGAUAGGGCGUAGGCCGACGGAACAGAGGAAGAAUUCGACGACGAAGAGCUCGACCCUGAAGAGCACCCGACAUAUCGGGCCUUCGACUGAAAACGAGACUUGAAUCAAGACUUAAUUGCGCCCGGAGCGGGAAAGCUUAUCGGCUUGUCGGCUUAUCAGCUUUUCAAUGGGCGAUCACUUUUCGGAAAAACGUAACGGGAGGAGAAUCCGGAAUUAUCGACACGUUUCAUUGUCUAAGACCGGGCCUAAGAGACGCCACCUUUAUAGGGCUGGAUCUCCCAAGCUUUACCGGUAGUUUCGUCUCCUUUUCCGUACAUUUAUUAUACAUUAUACACAUGGAGUAAUUAUACAACUUAACCAGGAGCGUCGAAGUACCGCCGAGGUGGAGGACGAGGACGAGACUCUCGGCCUGGGCUUGGAAAUAAAAUGCGACCUCCAGGCCCGUUAACUUAUUAGCGUCCACUUUUAUCAAAUAAAAGUGCGAUCAUGGUGUUGA